AGAGACGAGAGAUGUGAAGCAUCUCCCAUCAUCAAACCCUCAAAGCGCAAAAAGCUCGAGUCUCACGUCUCUCAUCAUUCGACUCUGCGAGCUCCGAGGGUGAGGAGGAAACAACCCGGCGGGAAGGCGGCGGCGGCGUGCAGAGGAAGAGAAAGAAGAGGUUCCUUGUGGAAGACGAGGAGGAGGCGGAGGAGUUUUGGCUUAGUCAGGAUGGACAAAGUGAUUAAGAUGGUGACCAGGAUGUCGCCCAGGAACAAGAGGCGAGAGGGAGGAAGCGUGGCGGUGGCGGGGCAGCUGCGGCAACGACUCUGCCUCCGCAUGGGCGAUGAUGCACCGUAUGGAAAGACCAAGGACGUCUCUGGACCAGAACACACCGCCACCUUGAGGAGACACAGUAUACCAGAAGCACUGCGGGGAGUGACGAUGGUGGAGCUGGUGAAGAAGGAAGGCAGCACGCUGGGCCUGACCAUCUCGGGAGGAACCGACAAGGACGGCAAGCCGCGGGUCUCAAACCUGCGGCCAGGCGGGCUGGCCGCUCGGAGCGACCAGCUGAACGUGGGCGACUACAUCAAGUCGGUCAACGGCAUCAACUUGACCAAACUGCGCCACGAGGAAAUCAUCAGUCUCCUCAAGAACGUGGGAGAACGAGUCCUGCUGGAGGUGGAGUACGAGUUGCCGCCCACAGCACCAGACAUCACGUCAAGCGUGAUCUCCAAAACGAUCGACAUCUGUUUGCACAAAGAAGGGAGCAGCUUUGGCUUCGUGGUGAGAGGCGGCAACCACGAGGACUGGCACAAGUCGCGCCCCCUGGUGGUCACGUACGUGCGCCCUGGCGGCCCCGCAGACAGGGAGGGCACGCUGCGCCCGGGCGAUCGCCUGCUCAAGGUGGACGGCGCGCCGCUCCACGGAGCCUGCCACAGCGACGCCCUCAGCGUGUUAGCUCAAUGCGGGCAGGAAGCUCUGCUCCACAUCGAGUACGAUGUCCCCGUCAUGGACACGUUGAUCAAUGCGUCAGGCCCUCUCCUGGUGGAGAUGGCCAAGCCUCCGGGGGCCGCGCUCGGUAUCACCCUGGCGUCGGCCGGCCAUCGCGGCAAGCGAGUCAUCGUCAUCGAGCGGGUCAAGCCCGGAAGUGUGGUGGACAGAUGCGGAGCGCUGCACGCUGGGGACCACCUGCUGUCCAUCGACGGGACGUCCACGGAGCACUGCAGUGUCCUGGAGGCCGCGCAGCUCCUGGCCAGCACUGGCGAGCUGGUCAGGCUGGAGAUGCUCCCUGCGCAGCAGACCCGGUUGACCGGGAACCGGCUGCAUGACACCGUGAAGGUUCACAAGUCGGACCACCCUCACCCUUACUCGUGGGACCCCUGCGCCAACUUGUGUCCACCACCCGCAAACUGUAACGCCAGUGCCAGCCCGCACAAGUCGUGGACCUCCUCUAACAACAACCACCUGGACUACUGCAAGUCGCUGGUGUCUACCAAUUUCUCCGCGGGCUCCAGCAGCACGUCGGCCCCGAGCAGCCAGGGCUCCAACACGCUCCCGAGGCCCGCCGCCCCCGCCAGCCCUCGGAACUCGCUGCUCAAGCGCAGACACAGAAAGAAGGACCACAAAAGCUCCCUGUCGCUGGCGUCCAGUUCGUUGGGUCCGGGCGGUCAGGUGGUCCACGUGGAGACGAGCGAGGUCAUCCUGACGGGGGAUCUCCUCAACGGCUUUGGCGUCCAGCUGCAAGGAGGAAUAUUUGCCACCGAGACGCUUUCGGCGCCACCGCUCAUUCGUUUCAUCGAGCCCGACAGCUCGGCCGAGAGGUGCGGCCUCCUGCAGGUGGGCGACCGGCUGCUGUCCAUCAACGGCAUCGCCACCGAGGACGGCACCUUGGAGGAGGCCAACCAGCUGCUCCGCGACGCCGCGCUCACCAACAAAGUUGUCCUGGAGAUUGAAUUCGACGUGGCAGAGUCUGUGGUGCCCAGUAGCGGAACUUUCCAUGUCAAACUGCCCAAGAAAAGGGGCGUCGAGCUGGGACUCACCAUCAGUGCCAAUAAAAAGGCAGGAGAGCCUCUCAUCAUUUCCGACAUCAAGAAGGGCAGCAUGGCACACAGGACGGGAACUCUAGAGCCGGGUGACAAACUUCUGUCCAUCGACAACGUGCGUCUGGAAACCUGCACGUGGGAGGAGGCUGAGAAAAUCCUGCAGCAGUGCGAGGAGCUGGUCAAGCUCAAGAUCCGCAAGGACGAGGACAACUCGGAGCAGGAGACGUCUGGCAGCAUCAUCUACACGGUGGAGCUGAAGCGCUACGGAGGCCCGUUGGGCAUCACCAUCUCGGGCACGGAGGAACCCUUUGACCCCAUCACCAUCUCCGGACUGACCAAACGAGGCUUGGCUGAGCGGACGGGCGCAAUCCACGUGGGCGACCGCAUCCUGGCCAUCAACAGCGUGAGCCUGAAGGGCAAACCCCUGAGCGAGGCCAUCCACCUCCUGCAGAUGGCUGGCGAGAGCGUCACGCUCAAGAUCAAGAAAAUGAUCGACAACGCAGACGACAGGAAGGAGAGCGACGCGGACGACGCAACAGAGAACGAGCUGAGUGACGGCGAGGACGACGACUUGACCGACUUGACGGACAGCCAGCAGACCAGCAAACUGUCGGAACUUUACGCCACCACCAUCCCCAGCGUCGACUCUGCCAUGGACUCCUGGGAUGGCUCUGGACUGGACGCCGGAUACUGUAGCCAGGGCACGUACAGCCAGCAGACCUCCACUGGCGUGGCCCUUCACCCUCAUGAGUGGCGCAGCGCCAAGCAGCAGCAGGACACCACUACGCCCCCUGCUGGCUGCCUGAAAAAUUACCCUUUCAGCGACGGCGGCUUCAGCGAGGAUGAGUGGGAAAAACCGUUGGGAUUCCUUGGCCAACCGUCAGACGGAAUUUUGCUGGACCCCGACGACAGUUUCUGGUGUCAGGCCCUGGAGGACUUGGAGACCUGCGGCCAAUCAGAGCUGCUCAGAGAAAUCGAGGCGUCCAUCAUGACUGGCACAGCCAUCAGUUUGGGCGUCGAAGGUGUCAGCAAACCUGCGAGCGAUGCCAUCCUCAGCCAUGGCCGGAUGAGCCCCUUGCAGCGAAAUUCCCUCCACCAUCAGGGGGCGCUUCUGCACGAGGAAGAUGGCGACCCGGAGAUGCACUUCCACCCGGACGAGCUGCUCCGUGUGGGGACGUGCCUCCUCCGGGAUGACAUGGUGCCGCUCCAGCAGCACGAGCGGGAGUCCAAGUCCAAGGCGGGCUCCUUGAGGGUUUCUGAGAGGACUUGGGAGUCGCGGCGCAUCAAGGAGGAGAUGCAAGGGCUAUUGUCGCCCACGCCUCUGGAGUUGCACAAAGUCACUGUGAUGAAAGAUCCCGAAAGCGACGACUUUGGCUUCAGCGUGUCCGACGGCUUCCUCGAGAAGGGAGUUUACGUCAACAUGGUCCGUCCGGACGGACCGGCCGACCGCUCGGGCCUCCGACCAUAUGACAGGAUCCUUCAGGUGAACCACGUCAGAACUCGGGACUUUGACUGCUGCCUGGCGGUGCCGCUCAUCACGGAGGCCGGCGACCGGCUGGAGCUGGUAAUCAGCCGCAACCCGCUGGAUGGUGCCGAGGACAACGGCAGCGCUCUGUACCGGCACCCCCUGGACCUGUAGCACAUGCGCUCAGGUCGACGUCACUGUGAGAGGAACUUGAAGUUGUUGAAGUAUUUUCUUUGAACGCCUUCUAUGUGCAGGGCGAUGCAUUUUCAGCCGACAAGCGCCGGGUUUCUCCUCGUGGUGAGACAGGACACAGUCGCGAGAAGGUUCAGUGUGUCAUCUUGAAGGCAUUGUACCGUGAUGUCAUCACAAUGCACUCUAAGGGAAAAGGCUUUAUGUGCAGUAAGUUUCCAAAAGACAGCUGCCUGUCCCAAUGCUUUUGUUCAAGCACAUUUUCAAGUCAUGGUUGUGUCCCAAGACUUUUGUUCACUUUGUCCCAAUACUUGUGUACAAGCACAUUUUAACUUCCGGGAUGAGUCCCAAUAUUUUUGUCCAAAUUGAAAGAUUUUCAUCCACAGACGUCCUGCGGCCGUCCAAAUUCUACAUGUUGUGGUUACCACGGCAACAGCUGAAUUUGCAGGCCUCUUCUGUGAGUGCUUCCUGCCUUUCCAGGCUUUGCGUUUCCAUGCGGAAACUUGCACAGUCAUGAGGUCGCUCUCAAGUAGCUCAAAUCCACCAAGUGUCUCCCCACCCCCCCCUAUAUUUUUAGUCCCACACAUUCCUUCCUGCAGCUUUACAUCAACGUCAACUGCUGCUGUUUUCUUCCGGAACGUCGCCCUCUCUGUGGCAAUUAUUUGAGGAUUAGUGGCGCUAAGAGGGGCCUUCACGUCCGUCACAUGAACUCGUCAGCCUGAUCAUGCCCACCGCGCACCCCCGCCAUGCCAUUAACCACACAAACACAAGAAGUCUAUUUUAGUUCUCCGACGUUAUGGCGAGUUCAGGGCACCCCUUCUUCCUCAAAAGCAAGUGAAGAGCAGAAGAAAUCGACACAUUUUCAAACGCAGUUGGCGCACCAUUUCGCACCUACCCAAAAAGUAUCAAAAGAAAAAAUGAUCAAACUAAUGCUCAACCUCACACCCUGUGUGUGUGUGUGUGUGUGUGUGUGUGUG